GAAUCGGGUUUUGUCAGCGGCUGCCACCGCCGGUCUAAUUUCUCUCGUUUUGCGGGGCCAUGUGUGUGUCCCACGUGAAGUGCACAUCGUGAAUUCAGGACUCAUUAUUUAAAAUACGUGUAACCAAACUAACUCGCCAGGAUGAGUACGGUCCUCGAAAAAAUAGCGGCCAUCGAGGCCGAGAUGGCCCGGACCCAACGGAACAAGGCAACUAUGGGCCACUUGGGUCUCCUGAAAGCUCGAUUGGCCAAGCUUCGACGGGAGCUGAUCACGCCAAAAGGUGGAGGCGGUGGACCGGGCGAGGGUUUCGACGUUGCCAAGACAGGCGAUGCCAGGAUAGGUUUCGUCGGAUUCCCAUCCGUGGGCAAGUCUACGCUCAUGAACACGCUGGCGGGUGUUUUCUCCGAGGUGGCUGCCUACGAGUUCACCACACUGACCACCGUGCCGGGUGUCAUCAAGUACAAGGGGGCCAAGAUUCAGCUGCUUGACCUGCCGGGAAUCAUUGAAGGAGCCAAGGACGGAAAGGGUCGAGGUCGACAGGUCAUCGCUGUGGCUCGGACGUGCAGCCUCAUCUUCAUUGUGCUGGACGUGCUGAAGCCCCUCCAGCACAAGCGCAUCUUGGAGCGAGAGGUGGAAGGGUUCGGCAUCCGGCUGAACAAAGAGCCUCCGGCAAUCUCGCUUCGACGAAAGGACAAAGGCGGCAUCAACCUGCAGAUGAUGGUGCCACAGUCAGAGCUGGACAUGGACACAGUGAAGACCAUUUUGUCCGAAUACAAGAUCCACAAUGCUGACAUCACGCUACGGUGUGACGCCAGCUCUGACGACCUGAUUGACGUGAUUGAAGGGAACCGCAUCUACAUCCCCUGCAUCUAUGUACUCAACAAGAUCGACCAAAUUUCUGUUGAAGAACUGGAUAUCAUUUACAAGAUCCCCCACUGCGUUCCCAUCUCUGCUCAUCAUAAAUGGAAUUUUGAUGACCUUUUGGAAAAGGCCUGGUCUUACCUGAAGCUUAUACGCAUAUACACCAAACCAAAAGGACAGCUACCAGACUAUGAAGCACCGGUCAUUCUAAGCCAGGACAGAAAAACAGUGGAAGACUUCUGUAACAAGCUGCAUCGUACCAUUAUGAAGGAGUUCAAGUGUGCCUUGGUUUGGGGGUCCUCGGUGAAGCACAAUCCGCAGAAAGUGGGCAAGGAGCACGUAUUAAAUGACGAGGACGUCGUCCAGGUGGUGAAGAGGGUAUGACAGAGACGCUGCCGCGAUUGGUGCCUGAGGGUGUGCUGGUUCGUGAGAACUGAGAACUUGAAACGCACGCUGGUAGUGGCAUCGUCUCGGAUAUUCAAGCUCAAGACAACCGCUGAUGUACAUACGACACAGUCACAAUUGUGCCCGAAUGA